AUGGAAUUAAAAUUUUUAUUUAUAUUUUUUUUAUUUUUUACUUACAAUUUAAAGGCAUUUAUUUUAAACAAAAAAUUUAGAAUUUAUCAUACUAAAUAUAUACAUGAUAAAAAUAAGAAUACAUUGUAUCUAAAAAUAAAUGAUGUUAUUAAUUUUAAAAAUAAGAAAGACUUAAAAAAAGAUAUAGUAAAGCAUUCAAAAAAGUUAUAUUUAGAUUUAAAUAAUGAACAAAUAAAAAGUAUAGAGAACGAUUUAUAUGAAUUUUUUUAUUAUUUAAAAUUAAAAAAUAUAAACAUAGAUGUAAAAAAAAAAAAAAACAAACAUACAAAAUUAUUGCCAUUAUACAUGAAAGAAAAAAUCCGAAAAAGGUUCCACACAACAAAUUUGAGAAAAGAAAAUGAUUACUUUAUUGUUGAUUAUAACAGUUUUUCUUAUUAA